AUGGGUAAGCUGUUGUUGAGUUUUUUUGCCAGGCUGCAUACGCCUACGAGCACUCCGAGUUUACACCCACCCCAUCGCCGUCCAUUGCCUUCGCCGUUUACCGUCCUCCGCCUCCACCGGCUACUGCCGCUGAGGAACACCUUCGCAGCCCGCGCCGUCCGCCUCUACCUCCGCAACGUCUGCAAUCUACAAUUCAAGGCCAGGGGAGAUAUCUACGAGAAGAAGAACCGAAAGCGCCCCUCCGCCGCCGCCGCCGCAGCCUAUUCUGUUUCGGCAGAAGUUAGAGCCUCCAAUUGCCACCACCGCCUCGGCCCUCCCGCCUCAUCCUCAGUCGUCGCCGGUCCUUCCCUGACCCCGUUGCAGCCUUCCUCUUCAGAUGGUUUUAAUCUUCUAAAAUUGCUGUACAUCAGAAGCGUUGAUGGAGAUAAGAUAGAUUGUGUCCCAUCUCAUCUUCAGCCAGCUUUUGAUCACCCUCAGCUCAAAGGGCAGAAGCCAUUGGAGCCGCCGGAGAGGCCUAAAGGGCACGGCUCAAACGAGUCGAUUUCAGAGACUCUGCAGGCGUGGUUGGAAGCAGGGGAAUCAUGCCCUGUUGGGACAGUUCCAAUAAGAAGAACUACCGAGGAGGAUGUGUUGAGGGCCAGCUCCAUUCGUAGAUUCGGUCGAAAGAUUAAACGAGGCGUUCGCAGAGAUACAACAAGCAGUGAUCAUGAGCAUGCUGUGGCGUUUGUAAAUGGUGAUGAAUACUAUGGGGCAAAGGCAAGCAUAAAUGUGUGGGCACCGCGCGUGACAGACCAGUAUGAAUUCAGUCUGUCACAACUAUGGGUCAUCUCUGGCUCAUUUGGGAAUGAUCUUAACACCAUUGAAGCUGGCUGGCAGGUUAGUCCAGAGCUGUAUGGAGACAACUACCCUAGAUUCUUCACAUAUUGGACAACGGAUGCGUAUCAAGCAACGGGUUGCUACAACUUGCUGUGCUCGGGCUUUGUCCAGAUAAACAACAAGAUCGCUAUUGGUGCAGCCAUAUCUCCAAGGUCAAACUACAAGAACAGGCAGUUUGAUAUUGGCCUCAUGGUUUGGAAGGAUCCGAAGCACGGGCACUGGUGGCUGGAGUUCGGGCAAGGGCUGCUGGUGGGGUACUGGCCGUCGUUCCUCUUCAAUGUCUUGCAUGCGAAGGCUGGAGAAUUCACCUAUCCCAGAGCUCGAGAUGCAUACAUAUGAAAUCCUUAAAUUAAGUUAUCACAAAUUCAUCUUUAUGUAUCUAUACUUAAUGAUUAACUUAUAAAGUUUUUAUUAACUACAAAAACAGGCCCAAGUGACUGCCAAGGCUGCAGAGCUAGCUCAAUCUCAGUCAAAUGAUGGCUCUGAGUCUCAGGAGGUAGACAUGAACAGGUUACUACUGGAUGCAUGCAGUUGGAGGCGUAUCGGCCAAGAAGCGAGUUUUUGGGAUUGGUUCACGUUCUCAUGCUUACACCUCCACCUCUAGAUCCAACCAAGGAGCCAGUUUUAGCUCACAGCCUCAGCUUGAUGCAGUUUUAGCCGAUAAGAUGAAGGAGUACGAAGCUCAGAUGCAGGCUAAGAUGGAGGCUAGAGAGGCGCAGAUACGAGAGGAGGCGCAAGCUAGAGAGGCUCAGAUGCGUGCAGAAGUACAGGCACAGUUGCAGGCACAGCAAGCCGAGUUCAUGAAGAUGCUAGCUGAGAUGAGGAAUCUACCACCCCCUUGAUUAUGUUUGUUUUAGGAACUUGAAUCUAUUUUGCUAGGUGCUAACUAAACUAGAAUUUGGAUUGUUAGAUACUUUGUUGAUUAUCGUUGACUAUUUGGAUUGUUGGAUACUUUGUUGAUUAUCGUUGACUGUUGGUUACUAUUUAAAGUUUAUCUAUUAUGUUGCAU